AUGGGGCAAUCGCAACGGGUAGCUGAAAGAACAGGGGUCAGCUACGUCCUAUCUCCCGAUGAGUUUCUGGCAAACGCUCUAGGACUCGCUUUCUCCGCCCGCGCGAUCGGUCGCACUUUCGGAUCCGCAACUGUGAACGAAAGCAUCAACAACAAACUGGCUUCCACCCUCGCAAUCAAAGUCAGCGAGGCAGCUAUCGAAGUAGGGCUUCCAACCUUGUCUUUCCCUCCUCUGUUCCAAGCCAUGGCCACUAGGGAUCCCACAGCUUUUGCUGCUGUAGUUGGACUCCACCCGCAGAUCCUGGGUGCUGCGAUAGACGCCAGUCAACCCGAAGGCUUCGUAGCUGCGUAG